AUGACAUGCUUCAUUCAACAGCGAGCAAUCCUCUUGCAAGUAAUUUAUAAUUCCGUCAGAGAAAACCGUCAGCAGCAUGGACGGGAUUGUGAAACGUGCCAACUUUCUGACGUGUACCAUAUGGAAGCCGAGACUAUUUGCGUUGAAGCUUGGCUGUCCGAGAAUAAAAAGGAUUUUGCACCACCUGUAUGCAAUAAAUGCAUGUUUGCCAAGCAACUCAAGGUAUUCUAUGUAGGAGGACCAAAUUCGCGCAGAGACUAUCAUCUGGAGGAGGGAGAAGAGUUUUUCUACCAAAAGCAAGGGGACAUGGUGCUAAAAGUCAUUGAACAUGGACAGCCGCGCGAUAUUAUCAUUAAAGAAGGAGAGAUUUUCCUCUUACCAUCGAGAGUGGAGCAUUCGCCACAACGCUUUGAGAAUACUAUAGGAUUUGUUGUCGAAAGAACGCGAGAAAACACUGAGUUUGACUGUGUAAGGUACUUCGUUGAACCUUCUACUGAACGGUUAUUUGAACGAUGGUUUCAUCUUCAAGAUGUUGUCCGAGACUUGCCGCCACUGAUCAAAGCUUUCCACGCAUCUGAAGAGUUCAAGACAGGCGCACCCGGAAAGAAAAGCUUCCUGGUUAAUGCACCCUAUGAGCCAAUUCCUUUAAACCUCGUGGAACCAAUCAAUCUCAAACAGUUUAUUGAAUCCAACAAGGACCGACUAGGAGUUGCACCUGUGCAGAUUUAUGGCGCUCCUAACUAUUCUACACAAGUACUUUUGUACGGCGAAGGAAGGCACCUGAUUGAGGCAAAUGACUAUGAGCUCCUUAUAUGGAUUAUGAAUGAUUCCGAGGCAGUUCUGGAGCAGCCAAAAGGAAUACGUACAAUGCACUCACUAUCGAUGACAAUUUGUCCACCACAAAUAAAUUGCUGCGUGGACGUACGAAAAGGUCAAGCGAUUACGAUUCAGAUGAUGCCGAAACUCUAA